UUUGUUUCUGAAAUAGUGUAAAGUUACCUCCCUUGAUUUAUCACGUCAUACAACCAUGCACUCUAAAUUGUGGCAUAAAGAUCAUUGUACUCUUAGGUUAUUAUCACUUGUAAUAGUAAAAGCCGAGUAGCAGCAGCGUGCUCACAGAGAAAUAGUUUCAUAUUGCAGUUACUUACAUUCUCAAGAGACAGCAAACUGUUGCAGCUACCUACACACAUUGGUAUUUCAUUCAUUUCAGUAAGUAGAGAUUUAUAAAGAACAGUCAUGGGAGAUAGUUCUGGCAAAAAGAAGGUUGUGCUUGCCUACAGUGGUGGCUUAGAUACUUCCUGUAUUCUUGUUUGGCUCAAAGAGAAUGGUUAUAAUGUGGUAGCAUUCCUUGCUAAUGUAGGCCAGGAAGAAGACUUUGAUGCCGCGCGUAAAAAGGCAGAAUCGCUUGGAGCUGUUAAAAUUGUCAUUCCAGAUGAGCGGAAAACAUUUGUCACAGACUAUAUAUUUCCAGCUAUUCAAGGUAAUGCUGUAUAUGAAGACAGGUAUCUGCUUGGUACAGCUCUUGCCAGACCCUGCAUUGCAAAAGCAAUGAUUGAUGUUGCUAAAGCAGAAGGUGCCCAGUAUAUAUCCCAUGGUGCAACUGGCAAAGGAAAUGACCAAAUUCGUUUUGAACUUGCAGCCUAUGCCCUCUACCCCAAAAUCGAAAUUGUGGCACCAUGGAGGUUGCCAGAAUUCUACAACAGGUUUAAAGGAAGAGACGACCUCAUGGAAUAUGCUCAGAAACGAGGAAUUCCAGUUCCUGCAACUAAAAAGGAUCCAUGGAGUAUGGAUGCUAACUUAAUGCAUAUCAGUUAUGAAAGUGGAAUUCUUGAAAACCCUAAGACUGAAGCACCAAAUGGAAUAUACAACAUGACAACUGACCCAGAAAAAGCACCAGGGCAGGCUGAACGUAUUCAGAUUACUUUCAAGAAAGGACUUCCUGUUUCUGUGAAGAAUCUUCAUGAUAAAACUGUCAAAACAGAUCCUUUGGAAUUGUACUUGUACCUCAAUGAACUUGGAGGCAAACAUGGUAUUGGACGUAUUGACUUGGUGGAAAACAGAUUUAUUGGCAUGAAAUCACGUGGAGUCUAUGAAACUCCAGCUGGCACCAUCCUUUUAACAGCUCACACAGACAUUGAAAUCUUCACCAUGGAUAGGGAGGUCCGCAAAAUAAAGCGCGAGUUGGACAACAAAUUUUCAGAACAGGUCUAUCGUGGAUUUUGGUUCAGUCCUGAAUGUGAGUUCACUCGACAGUGUAUUGCUAAAAGUCAGGAGUGUGUGGAAGGCAGUGUCAUCCUUACACUAUACAAGGGUAGAGCCAUGGUCGUAAGCCGGGAAUCCCCUCUGUCUCUCUACAAUGAAGAAUUAGUCAGCAUGAAUGUCCAGGGAGACUAUCAGCCGAUUGAAGCUGGAGGUUUCAUUAAGAUCUGCUCUCUGAGACUGCGAGAGUUUUACAGAAAUCGUCAAAAGCAGAUUGGUUCCUCAACGCCAUAUUAGAAGUUACUAUUCAUAUUUGUCCAUCACAAAUUAAAUUAGUGGCUGUAAUGGAUACUGGAUGUUCCAAUUAUUUUUCUGUUCUCUUUUUAGUAGCCAUUUAUAUUCUAGAAGUAUCAAUCCUUAACUCUCCAAACUACCUUCCAAACAACACCACCACCACCACCACCAUUGCGAAUACCAUCAUGAGCCAAUAAGGUGACUUGUAUAUAGCUAUGUAAGCUGCUCAGCGUUGCCAUCAAAUUCUUUAAAACAGAGACCAUGUGUUUUGUCUUGAAUUUUUAGUUCAUCAUCUUAUCCCCCCAUAAUAAAGGUGGAAUUGUGCCCCAAACUGCUGGCAAACUGAAAUUGUUUAACAGGUUUGUUCCAACAGAUGUAAAACAAUAACUAAAUCAUUAUCAACAUCAUUAACAACAACAGCAGCAGCAGCAGUAGCUUAAGUAUGUGUCUAUGUAGUUCCUCAGCCUGGUAGAAAUAGCAGCUAAAUCUUCCUCAAAUCACAUUCUAUCAUCAUAUAUAAAGCAGAAAGGAUACACUGGACAGUGUAUAAACAAAGAGAUCUGAUGGCUCUGGCUGAAAGGCCUUUGAUUAGAGGCCUGCUCAAUUAGACUGAACGUGAGGGUUAGAAAAAAGAUGUGAUAUACUUCUCAGAAAGAGUAAACAUUUUCAUUGGUAUUUUAUUUCCAGUUUCAUUUUUAGAAGCAAAUAAAUUGAUCACAUUCUUUGCAA